GUUCUGAAAUCGUGCGUAUUCAAUACAAGAGUUGCUAAUCAAAUUAAAUGUGGACAUUGACUUUGUUUACUUUUCACAUGCGACAAAAAUUAUUAUUAAUAAAAUUUUAUGAAAGACGAAUAAGUGAACAAUAAAUUUAAAUGAAAAUAGUUUCAAUUCUCUUACCUAUUCAUGUCGAAGAUUGAAGUUCAAGGUCGCAAGCGAGUCUUUCGAAUGUCCCGCCUGUUUGCCACCACAGAGUUGACAUGAUAAUGACAAUUCGUUUCUCUUAAUGUCAGUUGGUCACCGUGUGACGUCGUAUUUGAACGUGUGUCGGGUUUCGGUCCGCCGGCAAUUUGCAUGAAAUCGCGUUUAUUCAAUUGCAUAUUAUCUUAUUAUAGUCGUUAGGCCCUGGUAUGAGCAUCGGGCCAUGUAUGACCACGGCCGGACACAUUAAUCGAGCUAGGAAUAUAGUUGGAAAAAGUUACACCGCCCGGUACAUAGUGUUUGCGAAUUUGAAAUUGUUUUGAUUUAAUUGUUUUGUUUUGUGCGUGGUUGAAAGAAGUUUAUUGAGAUGAAGGGGCAGAAUAAAGAAGAAACGUCUGACGAUGAAGCAGGACUUGGUUAUCAGAAUACCUUGAUGUAUGGUCGCUACCAACGCGACCUCAGCGAAGCAGCCAGAGAGGAGGCCCGGAGGCUGCGCAGGCUGCGCAAGCGGCGGCGGAAAGACGACAAACUCCGACAGAAGGAGCUAGAGGCUACAGGCAAACAUAGACCUAGGGGGAAGUUCUUCAAAGUUUUAGGGUAUGUGUGGAGGCACACGUUCGCGAGGCUGGGCGAGGACUGGAUCUUCCUGGCCCUGCUGGGCAUCAUCAUGGCGUGCCUCAACUUCGCCAUGGACAGGGGGAUAGCUGUUUGUAAUAAUGCUCGCAUGUGGAUGUACAAAGACCUGGCGACGACCACCUUCAGUCAGUACGUAGCGUGGGUGUCGCUACCAGUCUGCCUCAUACUGUUUGCGGCUGGAUUUGUGCACAUCGUCGCCGCACAAAGUAUCGGGUCCGGUAUACCCGAGAUGAAGACGAUCCUGAGAGGAGUGCACCUGAAGGAAUACCUAACGUUUCGAGCGUUGAUAUCCAAACUAGUUGGUCUCACUGCUACGUUAGGUUCAGGACUGCCUUUGGGAAAAGAGGGUCCAUCAGUCCACAUAGCAUCCAUGGUGGCCUCCCUAUUGUCCAAGCUGGUGACGAGUUUCCAGGGCAUUUACGCCAACGAGUCCAGGACCACUGAGAUGUUGGCAGCCGCUUGUGCUGUUGGCGUGGCGUCCUGUUUUGCGGCUCCCGUGGGAGGUGUCCUAUUCUCAAUAGAAGUAACGACAACUUACUUCGCGGUGAGGAAUUACUGGCGUGGCUUUUUCGCCGCUUGCUGCAGUGCCAUUAUGUUCCGCCUGCUGUCGGUGUGGUCGGGCGCCACGCCCACGGUGAAGCCGCUGUUCCCCACCACCCUCCCCCAGGACUUCCCCUUCGACCCACAGGAGUUCGCAGUCUUCGUCUUGCUGGGGAUAGUGGCCGGAUUGUUGGCAGCGUUAUGGGUGUUCCUUCACCGUCAAUACGUGCUGUUCAUGAGGAACACGAAGACGCUGAGCAACUUUCUGCAGAAGAAUCGUUUCAUCUACCCGGGCUUCAUGACACUAGCUGUGAUGUCGAUACUGUUCCCGCCCGGGAUAGGGAAGUACAUGGCCGCCGACCUCGGGAACCAGGGGCAGGUGUACGCCCUGUUCGCCAACUUCACGUGGGGAGACGAGUUGACGGCGCAGCAGGCGGCCGUAGUGUCUCACUUCGAAACGCCCGAAGUCAAUUAUUUCGGAUGUCUCGUCAUCUACUUUUUCUCUAUUUACUUCCUAAGCAUGGUGUCCUGCACUCUCCCCGUGCCGGCCGGGAUCUUCGUUCCCGCCUUCAAAAUGGGCGCUUGUCUGGGCAGGUUCACGGGCGAAGUCAUGCACUACUUCUGUCCUUUGGGCGUCGCCUACGGUGGCCAUAUCCAGAAGAUUUUGCCAGGCGGUUACGCGACUGUCGGCGCCGCCGCUUUCACGGGCGCUGUGACGCACACAGUGUCCACAAUAGUCAUCGUCAGCGAGAUGACUGGACAGGUGACCCACAUACUGCCAGUGAUGGCGGCGGUGUUAGCGGCCAACGCUACCGCUUCGCUGCUACAGCCCUCCUGCUUCGACAGUAUUAUAUUGAUCAAGAAGUUACCCUAUCUACCUGACUUGCUGUCUUCCGCCAGUCGCAUGUACGACAUAUGCGUGGAGGACUUCAUGGUGCGUGACGUGAAGUACAUCUGGAACCGGAUGACCUUCCAGCAGCUCAAGGACUUGCUUAAAGAGAAUAAGGCAAUCAAGAGCUUCCCUCUGGUAGACAGUCCAGCGUCCAUGGUCCUCCUGGGCUCCAUACACCGCUGGGAACUAGUCCGUGUCAUAGAGAAGCAAGUGGGGAGAGACAGGAGACUGCAGAUAGCCGCUAGGUGGCAUAGAGAGGCGGAAGCCAGGAGGAGAAAUGAGGAGGCCAGGAAGAGAAGACCGUCCAGAUUUGAGGUGACUCCAGCACCAGACAUGCUCCAAGUUCCGGGAUCGGGCAUGAUGAGAGGCUCGUCCCUCACAACGAAUGACCAAGGAGGACUUAUACCAUCGCCUGGGCAGCUGUUCCGUCCGAAAUCGAUCCUGAAGAAGACCAACUCGUUCACGUUAUCCCGGGGGUUGGCUUCCCCCACAACCCACGCCCCACUCUCACCGCAACCGUCCGUCUACACCACCGUUACGGGGGCUGAGACAAGGAUCCGCGCGGCGUUCGAGGCGAUCUUCAAGCGGUCGUCGCUGCUGCAGGACGUGCCCGCGCCCGACGCGGAGGCGCCCGGCCUGCCGCGGAGCCCCUCCAUCAACAAGAAGGUGCAGCUGCCCCGUGAACGCGUGUGCGACAUGUCCCCCGAAGACCAGAAGGUGUGGGAGCAGCUAGAGAUGGCCAAGGAGAUCGACUUCGACCGGAUGCUGCAGAUAGCCAGGAAGAGGGACACGCACCCUGACGACGUGGAGUACGAAGACGAGAACCUUUACAUCUGCCACAUCGACCCGGCGCCGUUCCAGCUCGUCGAGAGGACGUCAUUACUGAAGGUCCACUCGCUGUUCUCAACGUUGGGUGUGAGUAGAGCGUACGUCACAGCCAUCGGCCGGCUGAUAGGAGUCGUAUCACUUAAAGAGCUCCGCAAAGCAAUAGAGGACGUGAACUCUGGAGUGCUGACGCUGGCCACGCGGCCGUCGCCGCCGGCCUCGCCCGCGCCCACGCUCAUCAGGGUGGUCAGCUCGCAGCCCGCGCCGCCCAGCGACUGCGACACCGCCAAGCUCACCACCAAGGGAGACAAGUAGACCGCCAAGGGGGGCCACUCCAGGGGUAGGUAGAUCGCUACAUCGGGGGACAAGUAGGUCACCACCACGGGGGUCGGUAGUUGCCGCUCCAGGGGUAGGUAGAUCGCUACAUCGGGGGACAAGUAGGUCACCACCAUGGGGGGUCGGUAGUCGCCACUCCAGGGGUAGGUAGAUCGCUACAUCGGGGGACAAGUAGGUCACCACCAAGGGGGUCGGGAGAUUUACCACUCCGGGGGUAUGUAGAUUCACCACUACGGGGGUAUGUAGAUUCACCAAUCUGGCGGUAUGUAGAUUAACCACUCCAAGGGUAUGUAGAUUCACCACUCCGGAGGUAUCUUGAUCGCCACUCUGGGCAUAUUACCACACCGGGACACAAGAAAGAAAAAUAUUUAAAAAAAAGUAAAGAACAUAGAUAAAAUAUGUACAGUUAAAGUCCAAAUAUAAAAUAAGAUGAGAUAUAGGAAAUUUCGGUUGAAUAAGACGUAUUAGUGAUUCAUAACAAAUGUUUAAGUAUUAUUGGACGAAGGUUCGCAGUCACAGUUCGCAUGUGGUAUUUCUAAGGUAUUCAUUAUAUCAAUAUCUUGAUUUUUAACAAUAUUUCUGAGGUGUCCACAAUAAGAAUAUUUUUUUUACAAAAAUUCAUAAAUGUUAUUUUUAAAAGGGCUAUGAUUUUUCUCUCGACUAAUUAAAUUACAUAUUUAUCUAUAGUUAUGUUUAGUGAUGGACCUAAUAAACUCCCUUGAGGAGUCCCAAAAUUGACAGAGACGAUAGUAAUAUCAUUAUUUCUGUAAACCACAAUAUCAUGAGCCUCUGUCUACCCAUUGAAAGAGAAAGAAGUUCAUGAUUUAAGUAAAUUUUGAUCAUACGUAAUUGAAUAAUAUAUCCUAGUGACGAUCAAAUGAAAUAUGACAAAAUCAAAUCGUCAUUAAUGUAUAAUAAAUAAAUUAAAUUGAUCGAUUAAUUAAUUCUUUUCUUUGCUGGCUGUUAAGUUUUAUUGCUAAACAAAAUUAGAAAAAGUAAGAUUAAAAAAAUUUAAACUUAUGUUUUGACAAAAUAAGCAGAGGCCCUAUUACAGUGCCUUGUAGUGUGCCGCAUUUACCAAGUGGCCUUGCUAUUUAUUAAUACGAAUAGUGACUACACAGCCAAAAAAAAAACAUAUCUUUAUAUUAUUUAUUAACAUUAAAUACGUUAUAAUUUGCAAUAAACUGCCUUAUCGAUAAAUUAUGAUACUUUAAAACCUACUGUAGUUUUCCCAUACAUGGCUCUACCAACCAUCCAAUUAUCCAUGCAAAGUCAUGUUCGGAAUGAGCUGCUCUCGCUUUUUCUCACCCUUUCUUGACUCCCUACAAGUUAUCUAAACUUUCCCUUUAGUUCUGCAUUACUCACCCCCUUUAAUUUAGUACUUUAGGACCAGUCAAAGUCAUAUAGACUAGUACUGAAUCGAACUCGUCAAAAAUGGAUGCGAUUUUGACGUAACUAUAGAUGAUGUAAUGUUUAAGCAUAAUGACGUGCCUUAGAGAAUAUGUACGAGUUUAGUUUUAAUCAUUGUUUGUAAUUUAUUUAGGAAUUAAAUUUGUCCGUGGUCGAAUGGUUAAGGUAUCUGAUUUAAAAGUGAUAAACAGAUUCGAAUCCCACCGCGGCCGUGUACCAAUGACUCUUUACUGAGUAACGUACAUUAGUUGGAUUGCUAACCGAUGCUCUGACGAUGAGGGUAACCAUCGCGAGAUAAUUUUUGACAUUCAGGCAACUGAAUGUGUAUCCAUGAUUCAAUAUGGGUUAGGUUCCCCUUGUAAAGGUUGCGGAGGUCAGACGGGAGUUGCUUCGUGUAAAUACCUGAAUGAUCAUGGUCAAAAUCCGCACCCCGGGCUCCUGUCUAGAGAGGUGAGGACGCAACUGGGACUAACGCCGCGCCGGGAGGAUUAAGACGAUUUUUUUAGUAACUAAGGAACUAUGUUGUGUAAUGGUGCUUUUGAAUGUAUAGUCGCGGACACGGUGUAUAUCUUUUUAACAUGAAAUCGUUUAAAUUUUUAAAUACAUACAUACAUAUGGUCACGUCUAUAUAUCCUUGCGGGGUACACAGAGCCAACAGUCUUGGAAAGACUGAAUGGCCACGUUCAGCUAUUUGGCUUAAUAAUAGAAUUGAGAUGCAAAUAGUGACAGGUUGCAAAAUUUUUAUUACGUCAAUAAAUGUAUAUUUUUGAUAUAAUAAUGUACUUUAUUUAUUACAUAAAAUGUAAAUUAUGGACUUGAAGUCAUAUAUAAUAAUAUUAUAUUGAUUUUGCAGACUUUUGUCAAAUACAUAUAAUAAUUAUUAAUAAUUUUUUCACAUGUUAUAUUGAUGAUGAUUGAAAAGGUGAUUGAAUGAAACUAUGUGAUUCUUCUGUUUAUACAUUUUUUUUAUUUCUAGAAUACAUUUAAUAUGCAUUUUUAUAGGUAGUCAUGUUACAAAGAUAUACAAAUAAGAAAAAUACUGUAAGUAUUUUCGCUUUACUUAGUGCCUUAUAUUUUUGAUAUUUUAUAUGGGGUGUUCACUUUUUGAUGCGAAUAUAAAAUAUGUUUUUUUAUGUUAUAUUAUUUAAUUGUUUUAUAUUGGAUAAUUCCUUUCGCAUUGUAUAUAUUUCGCCUUAUAAGUGUCGUCUGUUUUCGGUUAUUUUCAUGGAACGAAUAAAAAUAGUGACACUCUUUAUAUGGCUAACUUUCAAGGCUUGUGAUUUUAAAAUCAUUCCAAACUUAGUCGUAAGUUAUUUUAACUUAUAUACGAAGCCCAAUUUUAAUUUAAAAAAUAAAAUAAAAAUACAAUGCCUUACACUGAAAAAGGCAGACAUGCAUUUGAUAUAAUUAAACUUUAAACCAUACAAAUGACGGUCUAGCUACCGCAGCUUGACACGCGCGACGCCAUUUUUAUCGCGCGAAAAACUAUGGCUGUUUUGCUUUUAUUGUGUCAAGAAAUGGGACAGCGAUAGUUUUUCGUGCAAUAAAAACUGUGUGUGAAGUGGCUUUAUUUUGUGAGGCAUUUAAAAAUGUCCCUUAUCGCAGUGACGAUUGGGAACAUAGAUAUAAAUGGAGUCGCAGUUAUUAUAUAUUAGAUAAAUAAGGUCACAAAGAAAUUUUGUCCAUUUGCUGCUGAUGUAGUUUGAAGAUGACUGGACAGUGUCAUUCAGAUGACAAUAACAGAUUUUUGUUAAAAUUUUUGUUAAAACAAAUAGAAAUUUGUCCGUCCAGUCUGCUCUUACUUUUAAUUAUAAUUUGGACAAAAAACAUAUCAAAAACAGCUUUAAAUCAAUAAAUACGUCGUGAUAAACAAUAAAAGUUAUUAUUUAAUUAAGAAAUGUUGACUUUGUCAAAGACGAAAAUAUAAAAAUAAUAUUGAAUGCGAGUCAACUCGUUCACUGUUCUGCUGUUUAAGAUUUAGCUUCCUAGACUUCUGUGAUGUUUAUGUUAUUUAUUUUAUUGUUUAUUUAGACUCCGCUGUAUACUCAAGUUUUCGUACACAAUUCUAUCGUUUUCACUCAUUGUCAAGGAAAUAUAACACUAAAUGAAUAUGUGAUUCAUAAAAAUAAAAAUAAUUUGUUUGUCAUAUAUAUUUGGUGGCCUUUGUGGCACAGCGGUACUGUGCUUAGUAGGUCCCAGGUUUGAAACCGGGCCUGGAUAUGAUAGGAAACGAACUUUUUCUGUUUGGCCUAGUAUGUUUAUCUAGAUAAGCAUUUAUUAUAAAAUAUAAUAUCUCGUAAUACAUGUUUCUAAGUUACAUCGAAGUUAACUCAAUCUGCGUAAUUUGUUCUGAUACUGUUUUGAUAACUAUGGUGUGUUCUUUGACAAAAUUAUUCUAUUCUAUAUAUUAUUUAAAUGAUAGUGAAUUGCGUUGUGGGAAAACUUGAGCGUAUGGGGAUGCCUUAGUGAGCAGAAGUGUUAUUUUCUGGUCAGCAUUGAGGUUUUAAUCGAUGUGUCUUCGUUGAAAAUGUCAAAAAAUGUUGUACGCUUAAAACAUACUGUAUACGCUAAUAAAAAUGUUUCGAGAAA